AUGACAGCUGCAGGUGAUGGACAGUGCUUUGUACUUGGCGAAGGAUACCCUGGACUUCCGGGAGGGGCGAUCACUCUGUCAAAAGAUUCUUCUACAGAAUAUGUCGAAGUCAACUUAUCUCGGAGAGAACCUUUUAAAGAUUUCACCAUUUCUAUAUUAGUGUAUCCGGAAGGUACUCCAAGUGGAACUCUAUUCUAUUAUGCUAAGAAUGAGAUCGAAAAAUUUCGAUUAAAUUUCAUCUAUACAACAGUUGUAGUGUCUUUCCGCGACGAAUACGACAACCCUGCUGGACUCGUCCCCGUGGAGGAUCUCCUUGUUCCAGAUCAGUGGAACCACCUGGUGGUCCAACGGAAAUACACAGACGGAGAAAUAACUAUAUACGUUGAUGGAACAAAGAAGAUACAGGUGGAUGACGGCUUCCAGGACAAUAUUCCAAUACCUAACUCAGGCAUGCUGGCGGUGGGAUCUGCUCCCACUGAACCGGAUCAACAGUUCUCCGGACGGAUCGCUUGUCUGCAGGUUUUUGACAAAAUUCUGGUGGAUAAGCCCGGUCAGCCAGACAACACGUGGCAUAAAUGUCUGUCCGAUUACUGGCUGGUCAAACCUUCACUUAUCCUGCUGCCUGAUGAUGACAACCCAGGACAACACUGUCUGGCCGAAGCUGUUGAAGACCUGUCUAAUUUGAUUUCCCUUGGGUCCGUUUUCAACGAGGACAAAUGGCAACAGGUACUUCAACGAUUUCAGUGGCUGGACAGCACUCGAAACUUUGGAUACUUCUCUCUUGUAUCCAAGGGAACCAGACCCUCAGUCUACGUCAGCGCUCUCGGAUUUGUUAACACAACUGGUGUGAACGUUUGUUCGCGCGUGUGUUUACGUGUACAGGGUUGUCAGUCGUUCGCUGUCGACAAAGAAACAAUAGACGGUGUACCAUGUUAUCUCUACAACUAUGUCUCGCGAGAUUUGGUAGCUGGAAGUGCUGCUGCAAAGUAUUACGGAAUGCAAGAUUGAGAGAGAGAAAAAAAAACACAAUUUGACAAGGAUUAUUCCGUCCGAUCUUCCGAUCUGAUAUAAUUUCACACUGUCAUGUUUUCUAAGCGUGAUGUUGUAACCUUCAUUGCUAUCCUUAGGUUACGUGUUAAAUGGACAAGAUGUACAUAAUUAAAUGAAGUGUAUCAACGACAAAAAAGAAUUGUUUUUAUUACAAAAUUCAGAAAUCGCUCUGCUUCACACCUUCACCGGCUGAUUACAGAAUGCUUGAUAUUGUUAUAAGAAAUACUUUAUUAACAGAUAACACUUAUAAACUUACAUAACAUUCUGUGCAAUCUGGUAAC